GCUACUUGUCUGCGUGACCUACGCCGCCCUUGCACCACUGAUCAUUGUCGCCGGGGCUCUCUUCUUCGCUCUCCGUUGGCUGGUACUGGCACUGCGAUACCUGUACGUCCACGUUCCCCGCUUCGACUCAGGAGGUGCUUUCUGGUACCUACUCUGGGAUCAGGCCAUAAUGGCCCUCUUCCUGGGGGACGUGGCGACCCUUGCUGCUGUGGCGCUCAGGUCCGGCUAUGCGCAGCUGCCCUUUCUCCUGCCGCUGCCGCUGCUGCCGGUUGCCUUCCGCCUCCGAGCGGAGUUCCGCUUCGCGGAGCCAUCGCGUCGGCUGUCGCUGCGAGCCGCGCGAGCGUUGGAU